GGGGGGAGUAGUGGGGGAGAAAAGGAUAUCUAGCGAAGAAAUCGACCGAAAAUCCCUAGAGAGCCUGAGAGUCUGAAUCAGAGAGAGGAACCGUGUGGCGGGCAGUGCGGCGGCUGUAGCGGUAACAUCGCAGCUAAAAAUGCAAGGGGUGAUGCAAGCAAUUUUUGUACGUGGUAGCACUGUAAAAAAUGCAAUUCUACAACAUGUUCGAAUUGCGAAUCCAGUAAUUCGGCCACUUAUAUUUUCACGCCUUGAGUCAGUUUCAUCUGCCCGUAUGGAAGAGCAUGGUUUUGAGAGCACCACAAUUGCUGAUAUCCUGAAAGGAAAAGGUAAAAAUGCUGAUGGUUCCUGGCUUUGGUGCACCACAGAUGAUAGUGUUUAUGAUGCUGUGAAGUCGAUGACUCAAAAUAAUGUUGGAGCAUUGGUGGUUUUGAAGCCUGGGGAGCAAAAAUCGAUUGCAGGAAUCAUUACGGAAAGAGAUUAUCUCAGGAAGAUCAUAGUGCAGGGAAGAUCAUCCAAGUCCACCAAAGUUGGGGACAUUAUGACUGAGGAGAACAAGCUUAUCACAGUCAAGCCUGACACUAAAGUUUUACGGGCCAUGCAAUUGAUGACUGAUAACCGCAUCAGGCACAUUCCAGUAAUUGAUGACAAGGGAAUGAUUGGCAUGGUUUCCAUAGGAGAUGUUGUCCGAGCAGUGGUGAGUGAGCACAGGGAGGAGUUGGACCGCUUGAAUGCUUAUAUACAGGGAGGAUACUAGAUGAUGAUGAAAAUGGCUGUUUCCUUCUCUGGUUAUGUCUCAUGCUCUUCGAAUAAACUUGUAAAUAUGCUCUGUUGUGUCUGUCUUUUUGUGUUGUGUUUUCCUGCGUUUUGUAUGAAAUAAGGUCGAGUACUAUGUGUCAAUCAGACAAUCAGCUUAAUGAUAAGCAGUCUCCGAACUUCUUUUUUGGCUAAAA